ACUUUUUUCAAUGGCGUGAUCAUAUCAUUCCAUGUAUAAUAUUGCUUUGACUUUUUGAGAAUGGCAUUAAUCUGCAGGAUUGACGAAGGGCGGAUCCCCGUGGGCCACUACUCACUUGCAAGGCGUUGUAUCGGAUUACAUUCAGAGGACAAUAAAGUAGCGCUGCUUCUGUUCAACUACGCGUAUAUUCUAGAAACUAGGAGGUAUUACGUGGAAAUUGUAGCAGGAUGGCGCAGUGGUAGUUCACAGCCUGUUGUGGAACGUCAAAUGGGUGAAUAUCGAUCAACUCUAGAUCUUGACGUAGAUACCCCUGAGGCAAUAGCUGACGAGCAGGCCAGGAUAAUCAAUUGGUCUUUAACGAAUCCGUCAACAAGGUUCGUCUCUGCAUCAUGGACUCCUCCAGUAAUCCAAACGGAGCAUGGACUUGGUUCAGCUCUAUGUACAGUUGAUCUUAAAAAUCAAAUUGAACUGUGGAUGCCAAAGAAGUCACGUGGAGAUGGUGUAUAUGACAUUGAGAAAAUAUGCGACCUUACUGCUGCUGUUAUGUCGGGCAUUUCGUUUGACAAUGAUCACGAUGUUCCCGGGGAUAUACAUACCAAUGCUGGCGUGAUACCUUCUGGGCCAGGGGAAGAUAUGAGGCACCCCGGUCUUAGCAUAUGCCACUUUGACCAGUCACCAGAGAUACUGAAUUUCGGAGGCUUCUUAGGUCUUAUAGCAUCGGGACAGCGUGUUUUAGCUAUAUGGCUUACUUCUAAUGAGGACGGGGGUUCCGUAGACACGGAUCCUUUAGCUAUAAACAAUGGAGAUGAGUGUACCAAUGCUGGUGGGAAGUCCAAUGACCGUUCCUUGGAAGGACCACCUUCUAAAUUCAUACAAAUAGCUUCUAAAUACUAUCCCAUUAAUCAACUACCAGAAAGCUUGUGGAAGUUUGAUAUUGACUGCAUGAAGGAUCUUUAUCCAAUUUCUACUGUUAAAACCGUUAAUCCUCGGAUCAGUGACCAUAUAGUAGCUUAUAUUGACUCUGGUAACGUAAAUUCAAUAUCCAGUAGGCUAUUACGUAGCACUGAGUCCCAGUUAUUAUAUGACAUAUUCGUUGCUACAGCGGAUGGUCAUAUAAAAGUGGCUCAACUGGAGUUAUCGUUUGACAUGAAGGGGACAGUACGUGGUAGCAUAGGCCCGUGGCGCGAUAUAUUACGUGUUGAACGUCCAGCUGAAAUGUUGCGUGUACGUGUUUUUCCUUGCGUAAAUGGAGAUAUUUCAUUAUUGAUCAUGUUGGUGCACAACUCGGUUGUAUUCGUCAACCUGGAUAACGGCGGAUGCCAAAUGCAUCGAUGUGGUAGUCACCCGUUGGUUGCAUAUCACACAUCGCCGUUGUAUAUGCGUGGCGGUGAUAUCGUACAAGUGGAAUUGGUUGACGUCAUAGGCACUAGGUUCACAGUUAUAAUGGAUACCGAUCUCCAACUGCGUCAGGUAGAUUCAGUUACUAUGCACAGUAGUGACCUGACAACUGUGUUCCUGGAUGACACGAAAGUAGCGCGAAUUGAGGUACUGAUUAACCGCGUUACCACAGAAGUGCGCCGCAGCCUAAGAUCGCCAAAUAUAUUUUCUAUAGCCAUUUCUAUCCUGGAGAGUAAAGGCAGUUUGGAGCACUUCAUAAAGCUGAUUGAGCAUUCCGUAUGCCGUAACGAGAUGGUAUAUACCAAUACCAUGUUUCUGAGGGAGACCAAUGCCAUUGAGGCUUCCAUGUCAACGUUGAGCAUGGAACAGUUUGUACAUCUAGCUUCUACUAACGCUGACAUGUCCUUUUGGCGGGAUAUCCACACAGCUGUCGGUGACAACAGGAUGGCAACGUUGCUGUAUCUAGUGGCGUACGCCGAAGCUGGGGGUGACACUGACCAGGGAAUAACUCCUAUAGAGUUAAGAGCUGAAUGUAAACCUUUAGUUACACGAAUGCUAUCUAAUCUGCACCCAGAAAAGGAGAUCACAGAGCAGCUAGAGCAUUUGGUAACUGUGUUGUACUCUAAGAAACCAGUGGCAAUGUUAAAACAUGAAUUGUAAUUACCAUUAUAGAUGCGUUAGUUUGAUUGACUCAG